GUCAGCUGACCACAUUAUUUUUUCUGUGUUGUAUUUAUCACAAAGGAAUGGAGUGAAGCGAUUUUUCCCCCAUUCUCUUAUCAUAAUUGUGUUGUCAGACAAAUCGCCUAGUUGUGGACGUGUGACAUUCCGUGUUUUCCUCGGCUCUAGAGAAAAGUAGAGUAUUCGGGAGAGGAGUUGACGUGAAAAGUGUUGUCAAGGGAAUUAGGAAGAUUUACCAUUGUUGUGUGGCCAAGAUUCGUUCCUUCCUUUCUCCUUUCGUCCUUCAUGCUUGACGUAUAUUUUUAGGAUUUUCCUUGGGCUUAUUCAUUGCCUUCAUCCUUCUUAGAAAUACAGGCAUCUGCUUUGUUCCCAUGCGUGUUUUUUAUGAAUUUUAACUACAAAAAAACUUGACCACCUUGUCCCACCUGUGUUCGUGUGUGUUUGUUUUUUUUUGGAAUAACAUGUGCAUCCUCCUCAAUUGUAUCGAAAACUAACAACAAAAUCUACUCUCGGGGAAAAAUCGCUCAUCUUUUACGCGAGACAGUGACCGAUAGGAGUGUUUUCAUUGAAAUGAGCCAAGUAAAUUUGCUGGUCGAAGACGAAUGCGAAAAUUCUUGUUGUGAAAGUGACGAGGACUUCAACAAUCAGCCGAGGAAACGGGCGGGUUGUGUACAAAAGGGAACUGGCGGGACCGCGAACGGCACUAGAAAAAUGGCAAGUGUGGUUGUUCGAGCCGCAGCGGGAAGUCCCAAUCGAGCCGUCGACGGAAUGGAACCCAGCAUAAACAGCUCAGAAGGAUCAGGACAUGUGGAGGCGCCUGCCAUCGACCUGGCUGCCACAUCGUCAGCGAGAUUCAACGAGGAACGGAUCAGACGAAAGCUGCAGUUCUUCUUUAUGAAUCCUAUCGAGAAGUGGCAAGCACGGAGGAAGUUCCCCUAUAAAUUCGUCGUCCAAGUUGUAAAAAUUGUCCUGGUGACAAUGCAACUCUGCCUAUUUGCACAUGCUCGUUACAAUCACGUCAACUACACUUGGGACAAUCGUCUAACAUUUUCGCAUUUAUUUUUACGAGGCUGGGAUAUGACAAUGGAAGUGGACUCAUAUCCACCAGCAACUGGCGCCUUAGCUCUAUACAAUAAAAGCGAUUUUUUCGACACGAUUGACUACGCCGCAAUUGGCUAUAGCCAACUGAAUACCACAAUUGGUCCUUACAGUUAUCCAACCGACGAUAAUUCAAUGGCACCUCUGAGGCUAUGCUUCUACACGUAUCGCGAAGGGACAAUUUUCGGUUUCAAUGAAAGUUACAUUUUCAACCCGGAAAUCGAUCGACACUGCUUCAGUCUUACGGAAAACGUAACAACGAUUGGUAGUGAAGCGUUUUUGAAAUCGUUGGAUUACGAGGUGAACUUUGCUGCACUCGUUCGCGCUACGUUGAAGUUCACUGUGAAGACGGUUAAUUUCAAAGUUGGGCCACUGACUGCACCGGAUUGUUUUAAAUUUAACAUUUGCAUAUUAUUCGAUAACGGCGAUCACGAUGGACAAAUGUUGCUGUCUCUCAAAGCAGAUCCAUUGAGGCUGCACUGUCGUGGUGAUAUGAAGUAUAUCACGGAUACUGAGUUAGAUGCAGUGCUCCGAAGCAUGCUGAACAUUUUAGUGAUUUUGAUUUGUUGUCUGUCGUUUGCAUUAUGCACUCGAGCUAUUUAUCGGGCUCAACUUCUCAGAAUAAAAACACAAAAUUACUGGCGCACUUCGUUGAAAAAAGAGCUGAGUUGGGAUGGAAAAAUGGAGUUUUUGAAUAUUUGGUACAUCAUGAUCAUCUGCAAUGACGUUUUGCUUGUUAUAGGCUCAGCAUUGAAGGAGCAAAUUGAACGAAGGAACUUCGUUACGAAUGGUUGGGAUUUGUGUUCACUUUUCCUUGGUAUCGGUAACCUCCUGGUAUGGUUCGGAGUUCUACGAUAUUUAGGCUUCUUCAAAACGUACAAUGUUGUCAUUCUGACACUAAAACGUGCCGCUCCGAAAAUUUUCCGUUUCCUCCUCUGUGCCUUGAUGAUUUACGCCGGAUUUACCUUCUGCGGUUGGUUGGUUCUUGGGCCAUAUCAUCUGAAAUUCCGAUCGCUAUCAACCACAUCCGAAUGCUUGUUUUCGCUAAUCAACGGUGAUGAUAUGUUCGCAACGUUCACGACAAUGUCUGAUAACUCGAUCAUGCUGUGGUGGUUCAGCAGAAUAUAUUUGUAUUCUUUUAUCUCGCUUUACAUUUACGUAGUAUUAUCGCUAUUUAUUUCCGUUAUCAUGGAUGCCUACGACACCAUUAAGAGAUAUUAUCGAGAGGGAUUCCCUCAGUCAGAUUUACGGGAUUUUGUCGGUUUUUUGACGGAAGAAGAGUUAACAUCGGGUAUAUUUCGUUUUGAUGAAAACGAGAGGGGGAGUGAUGAUUCCUGGUGGGGAACAAUGAAGAAAUGGAUGUACUGUCGAAGGCAGUCGACAGAAAGUGAUGGUCCAACCGGUUAUACCCAGUUGGGUCGAAAACCUAUGUAAGAAAUGUGAUUGGAGUUACAGGAUCAUUAUUUGAUAUGUAUUGUGAAGUACGAGUAUUUUAACUUUAUGAGUGUUUAGUUAAAUUUAUAUAUUAUUGUAGAAACCAUAAAUAAUUAUUAUUAGAAGAAAGUGUCUAGUGUAUUCUUGGGGAUUUGUAAAUAUCAUUUCUAUUUUUUAGAAGAAUUUAUUCACAAAAGGAGAUGCAUUUUUGUUUAAUAAAUUUGUCCGAGAAAUUGCAAAUAAUUAUAGUCUUUACUGGCACAUAAUUGAAGUAUAUUACAUCAUUGUGUUUUUAAAACCAGUAAUAUCACCAUACCGAUGACCUAUACGACAUAUACUUUGAAUGGCGAAAACUUAUGUCUGCAUUUAUUUAUGCUAUCAAAGGUACGUUACCCAUAAGAAGGCUACGCUUGAUUUUUAUAUCUGAGAUUGUUAUAUAUGAAAUUUUAGAACCCCUGUUACAAAAAUGUACAACUUUUCAUUGAAAUCGCCAAGUAUAGGUCUCCUGCUGAACAUUCAAACCCGUUUAUAUGUUUGUCUCAAAACAAGUGAAAGUUAAUCCACUUCUGUCACAAGCACGAUUACUAAUCGAAAUUAACCAAAGGUACAAAUUAACCAAAAAUUCGAAUGUUUUAAUAGACGAUGGGGAUUCACUUAUUUUCUGAAGCGAUGGUUCAAUUUUACAGCUUUAUUUCCGAUAUUUUACAGUGCCUACGUUACACCUCGACUCAGUUAUUAAAUUAUUGAAGAAAUAGAAUAAAAACUCAUAGUUUACAUUACCAUUCUUCUUUGUGAUACAGAAUUUAUUUCCUGCUAAAAUAAUUGAAAAUAUUAAUCGAAACUAUAACUGAUCAGUCCUAAUUAAGAAAAGAAUCUUCAUAGCUGAAAGUAUAUUUUCAAUAUUAAACUGAUAUUAUGAUAAACAGAAAUAUUUUAAAAGUUCUGCUGUCCAUGUAUUUCCUACGUACAUAUAUGUAGGAGUAUUUUAAGAUUAGCCUGUAAUUUGUUUUGUUGUUUCGUUUUUUCUUUAAUACAAUAAAAUGUGAUUUGUUAAGGAAUA